UGUAACAAAAUUGUGAUUUGUUUUGAAUUUUGAGGAAUUCUGCUUUGAAAAUAUUAUUUUAGAACAACAUGAAUUUAUUGGACCACCGGCAGAAGAAAAUUAUAAAGUACCCCCAUUCUGAGCAAACCCACUUCAAUAAAACCAUUACAUCCUCUUGGUGUAGCAGUGAUAGUAGCCGUCGGUUGGGUUUUUAAGUAUCAAAUGGUUUAAAAUAGCUUUAAAAUUUAAGUAAUCAUGCAGCAAGAUCAUGUGGAGGCUGGAGCUGCGGCGGUAGAUGAUUUUGAUGAAAGUAGCUGGGAUGCCUGCCCACCUGAACUUCUUCUGAUGAUAUUUGAUUAUUUUAAUCCCCAUAAUAAUGCGACUAAUGCAAAAACCCUGAUCAAUUGCAUGUGUGUUAACAAAAAAUGGUUUGAUAUUGCAUCUUCUCUUAUCAAGCAUCGUAUUGGUCUCCACACUUUCCUUAAGAUAGCAGUUUCUGAUGGCGGAGCAUCUUUUAGAAAAAGAUGUAAACUACCAACAAUAUCAGAUGUUUUAUUCAAUAUGUGUCUUUGGAAAGACAUAAAAUUUACUCAAGUACAAGAUAUUUAUACCUAUGAUAUAACUGAAGUGCUGAAUAUAAAUGUAUACAGAAAUAACUUGAUUGUGAUUACAAACAAGAAUGUGAGAUAUUACCAUCUGCCCACUCAUAAGCUGUUAAAAACAUUAGCAGUCAAAUGUUUAGACUUUGAUGAAAAUGAUUAUAUGUUUGUCAAAAUUGAACAUACUACAUUUGACAUGCAACAUUUUGUUUCUGAAGAGAUGACCUUGUAUGGGAAACAUAGUGAUUCCAAUUAUGCAUUGGAUGACAGACUAAGAUUCAAUGCCAAGAUAAAGUUUUUCAGGAUAUAUGACAAUUGCUGCUAUUAUACCACAUGGGCAUUUACUAUAUUCGUGGCGAAGUGGCAUAACAAUAGUUGGAUGCCGCUCAUGGUUGGCCGUUACUUCGGCUAUGGCUCAAUAACUGACGUCAUAGUACACCAAGACGACAUAGUGGCGCUGCUGAAUUGGGGGGGCAUGUUGAUGGCAGACAUCGGAAAUAUCAAGCUAAAGCUGAUCUCUAAAACGAAGACCAGCGUUAUCUUCGACUUGCCAUUUUAUGCGUCGAAAUCGAUAUUAUAUGAGAGAUAUGGUGCUAUAGUUACAGUGCCCAGUUGCCACUCACAACGCGUAGGUUACAAUGGGUCCUACUGGACUUUCGAGUGUCCAGGUUUGAGGUGUACCUUGAAGCACGGGAACCUGCUUAUACUUGGAUAUAAGUCUGGAAAGGUUGAUAUUUACAAUCCAGAGUUUUUCUUCACUCAGAUGAGUCGUUUGGAGCCUGAGGUAACUUUGAGCGUGCAGAGUCUAGGUUCGUACGAGAAUGCCGACCCGUCUGUGAGGUUCCUUGAGGUGGCGGAGAUGAAAGGGAGGCACAUCCUCGUCAUAGUCACUAGCAGUCGCAUCCACCAGGUCACACUCCACCACCGGCUAUUUCACUGCUAGAAUUGGAUGUAGCCUCAAUCAGGUAAACGAAAGUCCACAAGCAAAGAUUAAGUCUAAUUUUGUGUUCAAUCUUUCCUGGUAAAACGUAGACAUAAUUAAGUAAUCGAUGCAGUAUCGGUUUACUGACCUUUUCGUAGAUUGUUAAUGUAUUAAAUAGUAAGUAGUGGUUGUCAACCUUUUUUUGACUAGGGACCACUUUAUUUUUUAUAAUUUACUUAUCGUUUGUGUGUUGCGAACCGAUUUUGGUUCCCGAUUGGGUACCAUAGUGAAAUAAAUCUAUCUGUUAUUCUGAUAUACUUAUAAACUGUGGAUCAUGCAUGCAAUUCGCUAUGCUGGAGAGGGAUGGAAACAUUCGAAAAUUCGGAUAACAUUGUUCGGGGUAGGUAGCUGUCUGCCCUUCUGCUGAAAAUCCGUAUUAACUGAUCAAUACGGUCAUAGAUAAGUAAAGUAUCUCACAAUAGGUCUACUUAGUUAAUACAAAUAUCACCUUCGCAAAGUGUUUACGGGCGCAUUAACAUGGGCAAUUAUUUUCCCAAAAAUAGCUCGGUAAUGAAUUUAGAGCAAUAUAAAUAAAUUGCAGUCAUUGUCUACAUACUAUUGUUUCUAAUUUAAUUCAACAUUAGUUAGUGAAACCCUUUAAUAUUGAUUUCUAUUGUGUGUGUUGUUUCUAUUUUGUGUUUAAAAGGCUACUAUCCAUUUGGUUGGGUUUUAUCGAUUUUCUUUCUACUUCUGUCUCGCUUUUAACUGAAACUGAACCGCACUGCAAGCCCGGCCGUUUUGAUGGGUGGGGGAAGCAUUGAUUUCAUAAAUUGCCCCAAUUACUGUAAAUAAUGAAGUCUUCAUGUUUCCAAGACCUGUCCUUAACAAAACAAUAUAAUUGCCCCUGUAAAAGCACCGUUUUCUGUAUUUUAAAGAAAUGCAUUCUAUUAUAAAUGUUAGUAAAUAGUAAGAUAUGAUCUGUGUCGCUGAUAUGAAGUAGUUUUAAAUUUUUGAUGUUGUUGUUUAGUCCGUCUAUGUAUGACGGUUUAAUAUCUCAUUAUCUGUGAUUCCUACUGGCACUCUCACUUGCCAUUAGUUUUAACGUAGUAUCGAAUAUUAAAUUAUACAACAUAACAAAUGUUAAAUAAAUUAUUGUUAUCCGUGUGCAGCUACGAGUUUACGAAAUACUUUAGAAUUAAUGCUUAUGACAAUAUUUUAACGCGAAUUGAUAAAAUAGAUGCAAGAAUAUGCACUUUAUACUUCUUAGUAAAUAGGCUGAGUUAAAGUCAUAGCACACUUAUCAAUCCGAAAAAGGAUCAACACCGUAUCGCCUUUCCCCGCGAGGCGAAACAUUGUCGUUACGUGCGGAUAAAAGCGCGUUGCAGUUCAGAGUUUCAUACAAAGAAUACUGACCGCCUCGAGUUGAUACGGUUACGUUUCCGGGUUGAUAAGUGUGCUUCGUCCUUUAUUCCUAAUUGACCACAUUCCACGUGGGUUUCGUUGGAACUUGUAGCCUUGCUUAAAAUUGGUAGAUACAGGGAGAAAAAUUAAUAACUAUUUUUAAGGUGCAUAGCAAAAAAAUGCAAAUAUUUAUACUACAAAAGUCCCAACGAACCCCGUAGCCUUUGUCCCCAUUUCAGGACAA